AUGGCUAGAACCAGCUUCGCCGAGCCGGCAGUCGCUGUCGCCAAGUCCCCUGGCGGCAACAGUGCUUACCACAACUUCCACAAUGACUUCUUGCAUGUUGCUGACCUCAACGAGCGCCGUCGUCUAGCCUUGGCUGAGGUUGACAAGGCUCCGUUUGGCUGGUAUCAUGUUCGUGCUUGUGUUGUCGCUGGCGUGGGCUUCUUCACCGACUCCUACGACAUUUUCACUGCUUCCCUCUUGACCCUCAUGUUGGGAAUUGUUUAUUACCCUGGCGUCGGCAAGAUGCCCACCAGCUCCGACACUGCCAUAAAGCUGGCUACCUCUGCCGGUACCGUCGUCGGCCAGCUGGGUUUCGGCCUCUUGGCCGAUGUCGUAGGUCGUAAGAAGAUGUACGGUUUGGAACUUGUUGUCAUCAUCUUUGCCACAAUUGGCCAGGCCUUGACCAGUGGUUCUCCUUCUUGCAAUGUCAUCGGCCUCGUCAUUUUCUGGCGCGUAAUCAUGGGAAUCGGCAUUGGCGGUGACUAUCCUUUGUCGUCCAUCAUCACAUCCGAAUUUGCCGCUACUAAAUGGAGAGGUGCCAUGAUGGCUGCCGUCUUUGCCAUGCAAGGUUUGGGUCAGCUUUGCGCUUCUCUUGUCAUGCUGUUUGUCACACUUGGCUUCAAGCAUUCUCUAUCAGGAGCCAGCGAGGUCAAGCACUGCACCGGCGACUGCCACGUCGCUGUCGAUAGGAUGUGGCGCACCCUUAUUGGUUUCGGUGCCGUCCCUGCUUGUGCAGCUCUGUACUUCCGCCUCACCGUACCUGAAACACCAAGAUACACUUUCGAUGUCGCCUGCGAUGUAGAAAAGGCCCAUAGCGACGUCAAAACUUACAUCAGUUGCCACCCUGAACCUGGAGCAGACACUUUUCCUCGCGUUGCUCCUGCCCAAUCCGGUAACGGGGUCCUCGAGGUCCCCAAGGCAAGCUGGCGAGACUUUGGCCGCCAUUACUCCAAACCCAAGAACUUGGGUCUGCUUAUCGGUACUGCUGGCUCGUGGUUCUGCCUCGACGCCGCCUUUUACGGUCUUUCGUUGAACAACGCUGUCAUUCUCGAGGCCAUCGGCUUCACCACCGAUGCCAAGUCCCUCAGCAGCGUCUACCAGCUCAUGUACAACACCACUGUUGGCAACUUGAUUAUUGUCCUGUCCGGCGCUGUCCCAGGAUACUGGGUGUCUGUCGCAACCAUUGAUACCCUUGGCCGCAAGACUAUCCAGUUGGGCGGCUUCAUUAUCCUUGCCAUUCUUUUUGUGGUCAUGGGCUUCGCUUAUAGCCACCUUGGCAAGAACGGCCUUUUGGCCAUUUAUGUUCUUGCCCAAUUCUUCUUCAACUUUGGCCCCAACACCACCACCUUUGUUGUUCCGGGGGAAGUCUUCCCCACCCGAUACCGAUCCACUUCUCACGGCAUCUCCGCCGCCUCUGGCAAGAUCGGAUCCAUUAUCGGCCAGGGUGCUAUUUCCGCUCUCCGUACCACGGGAGCUACCGCCACCGACGCCGAGCCCUGGAUGGAUCACGUCAUGAAGAUUUACGCGCUCUUCAUGUUGCUGGGCUGCUUCACCACUCUCCUCAUCCCGGAGACGAAGCGCAGGACGCUGGAAGAGCUUUGCAGCGAGGACGACUGUGCGGUGAUCCACGCUAGCCGCGGCUCAAAGGCCACCGAGGAGUAUGAGCUAGUCAAGAGGGGCUGA